AUAUCAGAAUAGUUCAAAGUAAUUUAGUAAGACAACCGGGCGGCUGUCUUAUCCAAGAUGGCGCCUCGUAGUGUAGUCCGGGAAUGUGCUCUCGACUUAAAAUCGCAUUUAAUCUUCGGAAGAUUGAUAUUUCUUCAUUUGGCCCUUUUGAAAAGUGGUCAUCGUGCUAGCGAACUGCGAAAAUUGGCAAAAAGUCGAAAAUUCGAAGCUCCCAGGAGGAAAUGCGGCCUCGCCUGGGCAUGCCUGGCCCUGGUAUUUUCGACGGCCUUUUACAAUUUCCCCGUUGUAAACGAUAUCGUAAAAGACGCCCUCGAGGUGAAGUGCGUCUUGCCGAACAAUUAUUUCAUCUGGGAAGCGACGAGGCCGGUUGCAGACUGCAGAAUCUGCCAAAACGACGUACUCUUCCUCGAGAACGUGACACGAGAGAAUUUCGCCCCGUUCGCCUAUUCCUACAGGCCGAUGGUCGUCCGUGGCGCUGCCAGGGACUGGCCUGCAGCUGAAGACUUCGACUACGGGUUCUUCAAGACCCUGUUCGAUGGGACUCCAGGGGCGUACGACAGCGUCGAGGAGGAAUGCCAGUUUUUAAAUUUCAAAACGGAUUUAUACAGCCUUCGAGAGGUGUUCACAAUGCCACAAGAGAGGGUGAACAAUUCUGACAGUGCCCAGCCCUGGUACAUCGGAUGGAGCAACUGUCACGCAGAAGUGUUAAACACUAUGCGAAAAUUCUACAACAAGCCACACUUCCUCCCGGAGGACGCUGAACACUCACACGUCGAUUUCAUAUUUAUGGGAUACCAGCAAGGCGCAUUCAUGCAUCUGGACUACAUAAGCAGACUGAUGUGGCAGGCGCAGCUCCGAGGGCACAAGACCUGGCGCUUGAACCCACCGCCCGAAUGCGAAGACGUCUGCCAAAGGCACUCGUUCACCAUGAACCCCGGCGAUAUUCUUCUUCUUGAUACAAGACAAUGGUAUCAUGAUACAUACAUAAAAGACGGCGAGUUUUCAUUAACUGUUAGCUCAGACUAUGGCUAAUACUAG